ACUUCCGUCAAACGCUUGCGUCCGGCCUGGCGCCGGGCAGUCCCGGUCCCACGCGGGUGCAAGAUGAGGAUCGAAAAAUGUUAUUUCUGUUCCGGACCCAUUUAUCCCGGCCACGGCAUGAUGUUUGUCCGGAACGAUUGCAAGGUGUUCAGAUUCUGUAAAUCCAAGUGUCAUAAAAACUUUAAGAAAAAGCGCAAUCCUCGCAAAGUAAGGUGGACGAAAGCCUUCCGGAAAGCAGCUGGUAAAGAGCUUACAGUGGAUAAUUCAUUUGAAUUUGAAAAACGAAGAAACGAACCUAUUAAGUACCAGCGAGAGCUAUGGAAUAAAACUAUUGAUGCAAUGAAGAGAGUAGAAGAGAUCAAGCAGAAACGGCAAGCUAAAUUUAUAAUGAACAGGUUGAAGAAAAAUAAAGAACUACAGAAAGUGGAGGACAUCAAAGAAGUAAAGCAAAAUAUCCAUCUUAUCCAUGCCCCUGUUGCAGGCAAAGGAAAGCAACUGGAAGAAAAAAUGUUACAGGAAUUGCAACAGGAUGUGGACAUGGAAGAUACUUCUUAAAAAAUCCCACUGCUUAUAACCAUUUCUAUUCAGACAUUGAAAAUCUUCUUUGGAGACUUAGAACUUCUAAAUUAUUGUUUUGUUAUCUUACAUAAGUUCUCCCCAAUCAGAGGGUUUGAGGAUCCAUCUACAUUACUAUCACCAAAGUAUAAGUUAGUGUAUGUGCUAGAUUGGUUCUUAUUGUUAAACUUUCACUGACAGCUAUGUAAGUCUUGAGCAAAGAGAAGUGCAUUUAGGAAAUAAAAUGGUCAUGUCAUCUGGAUAUAGUAUUGGCAGCAAUGACUAUUAACAAAACUUGAUGGCUCAACGAUAAAUAAAAUUUUCUUUGCUAUAAAAUAUUUCCUUUAUUAAUGUUGUAGAAGGGAAAUAUAAUGAGGAACUAACAAUCUGUGACACUUAAGUGUAGUAUCUUUUAUUUUUUUGUUUUCAUUUUCUUUUUGAACUCAGGAAAUUGAAAUAGGCUCAUAUAUUGAGGGCUAAUUUUAUUGAACUAUUUUGACCUAAUUUAAUUGAUCUGAUAAGUAGUUUGGCUAAGAGUUGAAAGUCUGUUCCUGAGUUGGCACUACACUGUGCAACUUUGAUAAUAUUCUAACUAGAGAUUGUUUCUGGUGACAAGCUCUUUUUCCAGUUUCACAGUGAUUUUGAAACUGGGGUCUCGUGCCUUUAAAACUUUCAUUUUCUUAAAGAUCUGAA